CAACGGUGAAACAACACACGCGAGCGAGCUCAAAACGAUUUACACACAGGAGAGAGCGCGUAAUAUUACGUACACGCAUAUACAAACGCACUCGGAGCGCAGGGAGCGCGACCGAGAGAAGAGAUCGGUUCUUGUUGUUGUUGUUGUUGUUGCGUUAUACACGUGCAGUUUUAUAUAAUACGUCAAAAAAGAAAUUCGGUGUGUCUCCGAGUGUCAGUGUCUUUUGUGUGACUCUGUGUUGUUGUUGUCGUUCAUGUGCUGCACUACUGUCGAUCGACGAUCGCCGUCAUCGUCGUCGUCGUCUGCCUGCUCGAAACAAGAGAGGCAGCAGCAGCGAUGCGUCGUCCCAAGUAGCGAACAAUAAAGAGAGAGAGAGAGAGGCUCUCGCCCACCCCCCAUGAGAGUAGCUGCUGGCAGAACGAGCCAGGCCGCGAGCUUCAUUAAUAACCAGGCGUGCGCAGGCAGGGCAGGCAGAGCAGCGGAAGAAGAAGAAGAAGAAAAAAAAGCAAGAAGACCAAGUGUAAAACGCCAAAGAGGCUAAUACCAAGGCUUAUUACGAUGCGGCUACUACUACCACAACUACCACUGCUGCUUCUGCUGCUGUUGAGCCAUGGCUUCGCGACGACCGAAGCCGGGGCGAUCGAGCACAUCGACGCCAGCCAGCAUCAGCAACAAAUCGGCGGCGUCGACGGGGAUGAUGCUCCGUCGCGCGAGGCCGGCAACACCCUCGACCAGGUGGACAAGAUCGGCCUGCCCAUCUACACGACCCUCAACGGCAGCGUGACCAAUCUCAACGAGAUCCUGCCCAACAUCCAUCUCAACCGCACCAAGGCCUUCCUGAACUGCUCACAGGGCAGCAUGCAGGUCGAUCUCAUGUUCGCCGAGCCGUUCUACGGCCUGGCCUAUGCCAACUUCGAUCGCUUCAGCGCCUGCAUCACCAAGGGUCGCGGGGCAAAUUCGGCCCGGAUCGAGUUGCCCCUGAAGGGCUGCGGCACGGUGCAGGAUCCGCCCCGAGUGUUCACCAACAACAUCGUGGUGCGCUUUCAUCCCGCGGUGGAGAUGGACGGCGACGAGGUCAUCACCAUCGUCUGUCGCUAUCCGCCGGCCAGGGCGGAAAAACCGGGUCCCCUGAUUGCCCAUCGGGAGUCCACCGAGCCACCACCGGCGUCGGGAUGGAACGGCUUCCACCUCCUCCUGUUGAUCUGCACGCUGCUGUUCAUGGCGCUGCUGCUCACCGGCCUGAGCUGCUCGUACGUGUGCCUGAAGCGCAGGCCCGUCUCGGUGAUCCAUCGGCAGACCUUCGCCGGCUCGGAGAUCACCAAGAUCUCGGGCUCGUCGGCGCUGAGUCGCAUCUCCAUGUUCGACGAUUUCAAGAUACCGCGGAUCAUCGGCACCCAGCAGACCUACGGCAGCGAGGCCCACCUCGUCGUCGAGCAGUCCGACACGCUGCCGAGCGAUUACCCGAGCGAGAGCCAUUCAGAGGUGGACGAGGAGCGCUCCCUGCCCGUGUCAUCCGCGGGCUCGUACGAGACCAAGGCGUUCGUGCAUCGCGAAGUCGAGCAGCAGCGCGCCUCGAGCUCCCUCUACUCCGAGACGAUCAACGAGGUGGAGAGCACAGCGGUAACUGCCUCGCGAAUAAUCUCGCAUCAAUCUCGCCAUCAGCAUCAUCAUAAUCCUCAUCACUUACCAAUACAACAACAACAUCAUCAUAAUCUUCAUCAUCAUCAGCAGCAACAACCUAAAUUCGAUGUACAGAUGCGGGUGAAGCACGCGCCCCCGCCGCCCUCGCCGCUGCCGUCCGAGUCCGAGACGAGCGUCGCUCUGGAGCGCAAUCUAACCACCAUACUCGAGCGCGAGGAGUCCAGCCGAAUAACCACUACCACGACUACCACCACUAAUGAUACGAUACCGCGCCUAACAACUUUUUCCUACGCCCCGGAGCUACAUGCGCCGCCGCCUCAAGGCAGUUCGAGGCAGCAGACACCUCCAGUUUACUCGAGAAUACUGAGGAAGCAGCAGGCCGAGCGCGAGACGAGCGUCACCGAGCUGAUACAGGACGGCCUGCUCCAUCGGCCGAGAUCACUAACAUCGCUUAACACCGAAAUGACGGACACGAGAUCGCUAACCGAAGUCACUGACUCUACUCACGCUAAAUACCGAGUGGCCAGCAUGCUGGCGCCACCGGCCAAUCACGGCCCCAACUCCAAUCUAACCGACAGUCAUCUUCUAACUCAGGAGUAUCGAGAGCAGCAGACGAGGGAACGAGUGGAGCCUCUGGUGGAGCCCGUAGUCGCUCCCCGACGACCCGAGAUCACGACCCACGAGGUGGACGACGUCUUCCUGCGAACCGUCACCGAGAAGCGAACCAUCGAGGACAUCGAGCGCCAUCGGCGACAGAUCACCGAGUACCACGCCAAGCAGAAAGAGUUGCCUAAUCCCAAGUGGGACGUCACCAUCAGGAACUAUCCGCAGGAGAGCGGACCCUCGGGGCCACCUGAGUGGGAGAACUUCUCGGACGUGAGUUCGGCGUCGAAUCUGACGGUUACCCUCGAUACGGCCUCGAAGCCUCAGGAAGAGCCGAUCGUCGACGAGCACAUCCAGCCGACGUUCACCAUCAGGGCCGAGAUGACCAGCGAGACCGAGAUAAUCGAGCGCUGGCACAACUUGGAGCGACCGCUCGAACCUCAAUUCCACAACGAGCUGAGCGACGAGGAGAGAACCAGAUGGCGCGAAAUCAUCACCACUGAGAGCACUCUGAGGAAGCUCCUCACCGAGGCGUUCAUCAAGGAGGACUUCGAGCUGAUACGCAAGGACGUGAGGUACACCGAUCUGUUCUCGCCCGACGCCUGGGACGUCAUCAUCAGGAUCGUCAGCUAUCCGGAGCGGCCGCCCUCGAUCUCGUCCUCGUCCAACGGCAAGAGCGGCCAGCGCUACAAGCGCGGAAAGGGCGCCAGCGGCGACUGGGACAACAGGUCGAGGAGAUCGUCGCUGCCUACUCUUUACGAGUACGAGAACGACGUGGACGGCCAGGAGCACCUAAGGCAGAGCACCACCGUCAACGUGGGCGGUAAUAGAAUAAGGAAACUGAGCUCGACGACGCGCGGUGGCAGCGAGGCCGAUCUGCGCUCCAUGUCCGAGAUGACGGUGCGCGACUUCGCCCGCAUGGACCGCGACGACCAGACCAGCCUCUCGUCCUUCGAGGGCGACUCACUAGUCCGUUCACUGAGUCAGCCCAGCCUGGCGCGCUCCGGCUCGGAGUUCACCGAGCACUGGGGCGUGCAGGCACCGCAGCAUCUGCCCAACUGGGACGAGCCCAGCUCCACGGAGACCACACCGAGGCCGGUGAGGCGCGAGGUCUCGUCGUUCCAGGAGUCGACCGCCGAGGCGACGCCCGACGGUGGACAGAUUCAGCGCAGGGUGGCCACUUACAGCGAGAUCCAGUCGAGUAACACAGCGGGUCCGUCCGGUGUCGCUGCUGGGCCUGGAGCUGCCGCUGCUGCUACUUCGAGCAGGCAUCAGAGGGCCAGAUGGUUCCAGGACGAUUCGGAGCCGGAGAUGCAGAUAUAGGAGCGUAGUUUAUUAGACACGAAGAAAAAAAACGGAAGAAAAGAAUGAAAUGUACGACCGGUUGCUGCCGGGUUGUAAAUUAAACUUCGCACGACGCGUACUUGAUUAACAAUGUUUACGACGACUUGUACGUGGGCAGCGCUUGUGUGUGUGUCUGUGUUCAGCGAGUGUAUGAGUGUGCGUGUGUGAGCGAGCGAGCGAGAAGAAAAUUUUUCGCGCGUCCUUGCGCGGCAUUCUUCAAGUCGUGUUUCUCAGUCGUUAAAACCGAGCAAGGAGAUUAUUUACGGCUCGAGUCAAUUUUUUUCGUUCUAUCGCACCUAAUACUGCCUCUGCACCGGUGUCUUUUCUGAAUCUACAUACACAUAUACACACGAAUGUGUUUAACUUUUCUCGAAAUUGACCCUCUCUCUUUUCUCUACGGAGAGAGCGUCGUAAAAGACUUUAAGGAUAUAGAUUUCGAACGCGAAUGCGCAAAAUUGAAGGAAAAAAUUUUGGUAUUCGGUGCAUUUAAAGUAAAAAACGCGCCGCCGCCCCCGCAACUCAGCGUUUCCUUUUUAUAUGAAUUAUUAUCACGGCUUGCGCGAAGGUAAAAUUAAUAUAGUCAAGCGCCUCGCUCCGAGAAGAAAUCCUGAGUUACGGUCGCGCGGCGCGCAGUGUGCUGGACUUGACACUUGCCACUCGCAGCCUAUAUAUAUUAUUCUAAUAAUUCACUGACUAUUUUUUUAUUAUUUUUUACACUCUGCUGCAGCGAGUGGGACUGUUGAGUCUGGCACGAUAAUACAAACAAUACACGUCGGAGAAUAAUAUUGCGUAGCGCAAUAUCGCCCUAGACUCCAUGAUAAUCCUUUUGUGUAUAACUGCCAAUCAUUCGUCCUCCGCCUAGAUGUGUCCUCGAGAGCCUCUUAUUUUUUUACAUUCUCUUUGUUGGUUUUUUUUCUCCCUUUUUUUUGAAGCGUGAUUUGAAAUGAGCGUAUGAUAUACUUAUUGAUUAUUGUUAAUCCUAUCUGCUUCCUAACACUUGGAAUGGUUGAUUGACUAUCUUGCGAGAACGAUCGUUGGAAAAAAUGUAAAAAUU